AGGAGCUUGGCAUCGCAUACCCAAUAAUUGAUGGGAUUCCCAACAUGAUUCCCACAGAUGCAAGAUUGAUUAAAAAAGAUCCUGAAACACCAGUGAAACCAGCACAGCAGGCAUAACACACAAACAGUAAAGACUAAAGAAGAUCUUGACCCUGAACAGUGUUUAAAUGAGUUGUUAGCUAGAAGUCAAUAUGUUUUCUCUCUCUACCCUCACAGUACUGGUUCCAGUAGUCUCCCUAUUUGGACUUUUCUAUUCUGCGACUGUAGAUGAGAAUUUCCCUCAGGGAUGUACAAGCACUAGUAGUGUGUGUUUCUACAGUCUUCUGUUACCAGUCACCAUCCCUGUCUAUGUGUUUUUCCAUCUAUGGAAGUGGAUUGGAAUGAAGCUAUUCAGGCACAAUUAGUGUACGCUUUACAUGAAUAGCAUUUCAGUUGAAUGACGUGACUAAUAAUAAAGGUUAAAUUAGUGAUGUGUACUGUGGUGAUGGUGUUGUACAUGAAGCUGUUAUUGCUACCACAGCUAAUGAUCCACCACAUGAUUCUGUAAGAAGAAAAUGACAUUCAAUGACAAUAAAUUAAGAAACUUUA